GACCCGCUCUCUCCUCGUGACCCACACUCUCUCUAAAACAGUCUCUCUCUCUAGAAAAACAUGCUGGCUCUGUUUAUCUGCAGACGCUGCACCGCAACAAUGGUCCAAACCAAGAAAACCUGCUCUCUUUGUUUUGUAUAUUGUAGACCGCAAUCUAAUUCAUAAUAUUUUAUACAACAUUUCGCUUUCUACUGAUUAAAUUUAUUUUCCAAUACAUUCACGAAUCCAAGUUUCGGCGAUCCCUAUUGACUCUUAUCUCUACGCACUUUCUCUAUCUAAAAACAACAAAAUUUCUUCUCUCCCUCCGCACCACUGUCCAUGUCCAUUUCUAGGGCUUAUCACUGUCUGUUUAUCGAUUCACUCAAGACAUGAAGUGCUUUCAUUUCUCCAACGGAGAGACAAGGGACGAUGAAGACGUCAUCGUUUCCAGGGCUUCGAAGGUGUCGUGGGCUCGGUCGAUGAGUGUAGCAUCGAGCGGUUUCGAUACGAGACGGUCCGAGUUUGAUUCGGAGUCGAGGGACUUCACCGACUCGGUUGGGCUCUACGAGUUCUUGUCUCAGCGGAGGGCUAAUGAUCUGCGGGUAUUCACGUUCGCCGAGUUGAAAUCGGCGACGAAAGGGUUCAGCCGAGCUUUGAUGAUCGGGGAGGGAGGAUUUGGGUGUGUUUACAGAGGAGUUGUUAGGAUCUAUGAUGAUCAGAAUAGUCAUGAUUCGAAGAUGGAUGUCGCAAUCAAACAGUUGAAUCGCAAUGGAUUCCAGGGGCAUAAGGAAUGGAUAAAUGAAGUAAAUUUUUUGGGUGUAGUCAAGCACCCAAAUCUUGUGAAGUUAGUGGGAUAUUGUGCAGAGGACGAUGAAAGAGGUAUUCAACGACUUUUAGUUUAUGAGCUUAUGCAUAAUAGAAGUCUGGAGGACCAUCUAUUGGCGCGGAUGUCAUCUCCUCUCACGUGGACGCUAAGAUUAAAAAUUGCUCAAGAUGCAGGUCGAGGUUUGGCUUAUCUGCACGAAGAAAUGGAUUUUCAGCUAAUAUUUCGUGAUUUCAAAACUUCAAACAUUCUUCUUGAUGAGGACUUCAAUGCAAAGCUCUCAGACUUUGGACUGGCCAGACAGGGUCCAGCUGCUGGACUAAGUCACGUCUCAACAUCAGUUGUUGGUACAGUUGGUUAUGCCGCCCCUGAAUAUGUUCAGACUGGCAGGCUAACUGCUAAAAGUGAUGUGUGGAGCUUUGGCGUGGUUCUCUAUGAACUCAUAACAGGGCGACGAGCAUUGGAGCGGAAUUUACCACGAAGUGAGCAGAAGCUGUUGGAAUGGGUGAGACCUUAUGUGUCAGAUUCAAAGAAGUUCCACCUUAUAAUAGAUCCACGACUUGAAGGGCAAUACUGCCUUAGAUCAGCUCAGAAACUUGUGUCACUGGCCAACAAGUGCCUCAUGAAGCAGCCCAAAUCCCGCCCUAAGAUGAGUGAGGUGGUUGAUAUUCUGGGAGACAUCAUCAGUGAGAUGUCAUCACGAGAUAUUGUCCCCCAACCCGUCAAAGAAACUAGAGAUGCGGGGGAAGUGGUAGAAGAAGCUGAGUCGGGCAAACAGGGAAACAAUUAUCGAAAGAAGGUUUUUGAUUUGAGAGAAAUGAUCACCCUAAGGAACAAAUCCAUCGGGAAGUUGGAUUGGAGAAAUUGGACGCCAGGGUUAGUAAAAACAUGGUAAAAUGCCACACCCCUAUUUUCCCAGCAAUGGCAUAUAAAUGCAUCAUGUUCAAAAGAAGAUGAUAAGUAAUUUGACCAUAAGCUUGGACAGUUGGAGGCUACUUGUUACUCUCAGUGAUGAGUUGGUUGAUAGCUGUAAGUAGAGGGGUGAGAAGCUGGAAUCUUGAGGCACCCAUAUUUGCACUCAAUUGGUAUUAAAUCCCACGUGUUCAUUUUUUCUUUGUAAUUUGUAUUUUUGCCAAGUCUAAUAGCUUGUAAUUUAGAUCCAUUUCAGGUAUAGUAAUCUCAUUUUACUGAGCUUGUAUAUAUACUUGGAUGGAUGUAAUGUUGAGCCCUGCUAAGGAGCUGGGUUAAUGCUCGAACUUGUCUUAAGUCGUAGCAAAAUCUCAGUCCCUUUUGAAA